CAGCACAGAAGGAGAAACAUUCCCUUUUUGAAGCUCACGGAAUAAAUUGGUGUCAAACCUAGAAGAAUAAUCCCAGGUUAAAUAGUUGCCUCAAAUACCUAACUAUUGACUGGAGGAGACUUCAUCUUUCUGGACCAUGCCAAGAAAAAGAAAGCUGUUGGCUCAGUUAAGUGCUCUCCAAAGCAACUCCAGCUUCCCUCCAUGUGAUGCCUUGGAGAACCUGAGAGCCACACCUGAUGGCAAUUCUUCUCCGAAAAGCAGCAAAUAUUUUGCAGUAGAGAAAAAAAAUUCUGCCCAGUUGGAAGCAGAUUUUUUCAACCAGCCCUGUGUUAGUCUGGCCAAGUCCUUUCUGGGACAGAUUUUAGUCCGCAAACUUCCUGAUGGCAGAGAACUCUGGGGGAGGAUUGUUGAAACAGAAGCUUAUCUGGGUGGGGAAGAUGAAGCUUCCCACUCGAAAGGGGGGAAGCAGACGCAGCGCAACGCAGCGAUGUUCAUGAAGCCAGGCACUCUGUAUGUGUACCAGAUCUAUGGCAUCCACUUCUGUGUCAACGUCUCCAGCCAAGGGGAAGGGGCUGCAGUGCUGCUUCGCUCCUUGGAGCCCCUGCAGGGUUUGGAUGCCAUGAGAGAGCUGCGCAGCACGGGCAGGAAGGCAGCCAGCAAGCUGCUGAAGGACUGGCAGCUGUGCAAUGGCCCCUCCAAGCUCUGCCAAGCCUUUGGCAUCGACAAGGCUUUUGACCAAAGGGACCUGACUCAGGAUGCAGCCAUCUGGAUGGUGCCUGGACACGACCUACCUGGGGAGCAGGACGUGGUAGCCACAACGAGGAUCGGGAUCGGCAACCGAGGAGAGUGGACAGAGAAACCUCUCAGGUUUUACUUGAGAGGAAACAAAUUUGUGAGUGUUGUAGACAAGAAAAGAGAGAGAGAGAUGGCAGCAAUGGGACAAGUCUCUUGCAGCUGACAAGUCUGGCAAGCGUGGCAGCACCCAGGCCGUGAGCUGUGCUCUGUGGGAUGCCUCAAGGGCCUGGCAGCAGCUGGGGCAGAGGGUGGCUUGGAGGCUUUUAACA